AUGGAUGGAGCGAUCUUUAUGGGGGAUGGCACCCCGGAUUCCAGUGCCCGGAGCGCUAUGACCCCCCAGAGGCCACCUACUGCUGCGGAUCGUGCAGCCUCCGCUACUGCUGUACGGCCAGCGAGUCCAGACUGGACCAAGGAGAGUGUCCCAACGAGGAGCGGGGCGAGGAGCCCGGGGAGCGAAGCCCAGCCCUACCACUGCCCGGCACGGUGCCUACCUACCUCCCCUUCCUCCUGGUUGGCAGUAUGUUUGUGA